ACCUCGCAACGGAGCAAACAGCCAACCAAUUGAGAUGCUUCCCCCUGUCCGAACGGCCUCAACUAUUCGCUGGCUGUGUCUUUCCCACUCUAGGAUUGCAUCGCCCCUGGGAAGGUCGAUAUUGUCGCUAAAAAAUGGUCCGAAAAGAUUUUACGCUGCCCCAUCAGCAGUUGGUUUGGAUGCUCCAGUAGAUCUAGCGCACACCAGAAAUAUCGGGAUUAUCGCACAUAUAGAUGCUGUAUGAUAUAUAUCCCUUCCUUAUCAAUCGUAGCGACUGUGGUCUAAACGAAACAAAACCUAGGGCAAAACAACCACCACUGAGCGCAUGCUCUAUUAUAGUGGUUUUACUCGCCGGAUUGGUGGUAUGAAGCUAGAGGAACACCCGGUUAUGAGCACAAUCGAACUAAUUCUACGUAGAAGUUGAUGAAGGUUCCACGGUUAUGGACUAUCUUCCCGCCGAGCGAUCUCGUGGAAUAACCAUUACUUCCGCUGCAAUUACUUUCAAUUGGACGCCUUCCGCCCCGGGAUCUCGACCAUAUACGGUUAACUUGAUCGACACUCCGGGGCACGCAGACUUCACUUUCGAAGUUGAGCGCUCAAUUCGUGUUCUGGAUGGUGCUGUGACUAUUCUGGACGGCGUCGCCGGUGUUGAGGCACAGACAGAGAAGGUCUGGCGCCAAGCGGAAAAGUAUGGCAUCCCGAGACUUAUCUUCGUGAAUAAACUUGACAGGGUAGGGGCAAGGUUUGGCCCGACUGUGAAAGAAAUUGCUUCGAAAUUGAAUGCAUGGCCAGCAGUCUUGCAAUUGCCUCUAUAUGAACAAGACGCAAAGGGUGACGAUAUAUUUCGAGGGGUGGUGGAUAUUGUGGAGAGGAGAGUCUUUUUAUGGGACCUGGGGGGUGACGGUCAGAAGGUCAACGUGCACGACUACACCUGGCUCAAGGAGAACAGGUCAGACUUAUAUUGUGAAGCCUUGACAGCAAGAGUCGCGCUGGUUGAGUUAUUGUCAGAGAAUGACGAGGAGCUAGUAGAAGUCUUCCUAGAUAUCGGGGACCACCACGCCAUUUCCCCAGAUGCCAUCAAGAAAUCUUUGCGGAAACAGACACUUAACGGUUCAAGCGAAGUGGUUCCCGUAUUGUGUGGGGCUAGCUUCAAAAAUAUCGGCGUGCAACCGCUGCUGGAUGCUGUGAUCGAUUAUCUUCCUUCUCCGCUCGACAAGCCAGAAACCGAGAUUUCUUACGAUUACGGGAAGACUAAGGGGGUUCUGAGUGCAUCUGAAGACAGACUAUGUGCCUUAGCUUUUAAAGUCGUCAACGAUCCAAAACGGGGGGCGAUGGUAUUCGUCCGAGUAUAUUCUGGAACCCUUGUUCGCGCACAUCACCUUUAUAACACCACUCUUGGUGUCAGGGAGCGGGUGCACAGGCUCCUGAAAAUGUACGCAGACGAUGCAGUCGACAUUCAAUCUAUUCCUGCUGGACAUAUCGGGGUGAUCAUAGGUCUCAAGAGCGCUCGAACCGGCGAUACCUUGAUAUCAGACCACCAGUACUAUCAUUCUGGCAAAGGGAAUAAGCGCCACCAGGAAGUUUCUGAUUCCUUCUGGACUAUCCAACUUCGCCCGAUCGAAGUUCCUCCGCCUGUAUUCUUUGCAAGCAUCGAACCAAAUUCCCUUUCUGAGCAAAAGCCACUCGAGGACGCACUAUCCAUGCUUCUUCGUGAAGACCCUAGUCUGCACAUAACCACUGAUGAAGACUCCGGGCAAAUGCUUAUUUCUGGAAUGGGGGAGCUGCAUCUCGAAAUCGCAAGAGAUCGACUAGUUGGUGAGCUCAAGGCCAAGGCAGAAAUGGGGCGUAUCCUUAUCUCCUACCGCGAAACGAUACCCUCAACCUUAGGACACGAGCUUCAUAUCGUUUUCGAAAAAGAGAUUGCUGGAAAGCUUGCCAAGGCAGGAUGCCAUGUUUCCGUAAUUGGCCUAGACGAGCCCCCAAUUCCAGGCACGGGAACACCCGAUGAGACUAUAGUUGAUGGAAACAUUAUAUCUGUUGAUAUUGCUGUGCCUCAGCAUACACUAACUAGCCAGGAGGCCGAAACGGAGCAUGCAAAAUUGCCAAAGUCAAUCGAUGUUGAAGAACUCAAAGGUUCCCUCACUUCUGGAGCAAUGGCAGCGCUUGGAAGGGGACCCUAUCUCGGAUUCCCAGUGCGGAAUACCUCCAUUAAGAUCACGAUAGAUCCUUCCAAAGAUUACUUUGGAGCUGAAAGCACCCUUGCAGCGUACUCGUCCGCAGCACGCUUAGCAUCCACGACGGCUUUAAAAGAAGCAAUUGCGUCAAACGGAGAAGGAAUUUUGAUGGAGCCAAUGAUGAACGUCAUUGUGGCAGUCAACGAGAAGGAUCUUGGAAAAGUAGUUGGCGAUCUCUCUUCUGCAAGAGGAGGACACGUCUUGGAGCUUGGUGGCGGAGACGAAGGAGCAGUUGACAGACUGAAUACCUCAAAAGUUUACGCACCUGGCCAAGCUGGAAAGGGGGAUGAUAAUUAUGGAGUAAGAGGGAAGCGGUCGGUGGUAGCGAUAGUUCCACUGAAGGAGAUGGUGGGUUACUUGAAGCAUUUAAGGAGUAUGACGACUGGAAGGGGUACAUUUGUAAUGAAUCUUCUCGGAUGGGAGAGAAUGACACGGCCAAGAGCAGUAGACGUGCUUAAGGAUAUCAGAGGCGGAUAGCCCCCCCCGGACAGACUUGCACACGCCAGUAUUUAGAUAUUGGUCCCAUAUAGUAUCUUGCCGCGGUUUUUCGUAUCCCAAAGUUUACCCUUUGCUCAGGGGAAACCAAAUACCAAAAAGAGCCUACUUGUACCAAUCAAGAUUAAG